AUCCCGAUUCUCCAGCUGUUUCAUUUGACAAUUUUGGAGACGCGACUUCUGUUACCACGAUUUUUAUUUUCCACGUCACCUAACGCACAGAACCGUCGUUUUUCCACAGUUGCCACUGUCUUGAUGAGCAUGUCAAGUGUCUGAAGGGAGUCUGGACCGCAGGGAAGUGGAAAAAGUGUCUGAAAUACGAUCGCAGCGUGUUCCGCCUCGCAGCCAGUGCGAGCAUGAUAUGGCCUACAAUAUCAGACGGACAUGUAAAGAAUGCGGGUGUCGGUGCGAAGGCUGUAAUGACAACACGUCCCUGCACUUGCACGUAGAAAUCGAGAACCUGCAACAACGACUUCUUGAGAAAGAACAUCACAUUGUCAAAAUGGAGACAAAUUUCUUGUCAGAAGCUGAUAAAUAUCCUGACGGAGAAGUGGUCGCAAUGAUGGAGGAAGUGGCGAUUUGGCAGGACAAAUACAACAGGUUGUACGAAGCGCACAAGAAGCUGCAAAAAGUAAACCAAGGGCUUGAAGACAAACUUUUAAGGAUAGUAGACAAAUUCGAGACGGAAAAGAGUGUGUUGUCAAGGGAAUUGGGCACGACAACAAGGUCACUGAGUGAAGAAAGGAUAAAGACCUCAAGACUUAAGACUGAAAAUGAAAGAUACAGAAAUGAUGUAAAUUUAACAAUUCAACUCUUGCAAUGCAAGCCAGGGAAUUUUAUGCCUCAAAAAUUUGACUCGUUACCCUCUGACAUUCAACAGAAAGUUAAAACCUAUGUAAAUAGCAAGCGACCAAAUGGAGGUGGAAACGUUCCUCAGAAUAGGCCCGAGCCUAAGGUUAUCAAAGUUCCCAUUCCCACUUUCCCACCAACAGCCAUGGUUUAUUCUGUCAACAAAGGAGAGAGCAAUGGAUCUGCAAAUUUUAGCGACCCUGAAGAGCAGCCAGUUGACAUAGUCUCUGCGGCAAUCAUGGCCAAAGUUCUCGAAGAGCGGGAGAGAGAAAGGAGCCUACUGCAGCACUGUGAGUCGUGUCGGUGUCCCACUCUUAUGGACACGAGGAGUCGGGAUGUAGCAACGCAAACGUCUGACCACGUUUCAGUGACUGUGCUGCCCGCCAAUCACAGCAACAUUCUGCUCGACAACAUGGUUGGCUACCGCUCACCGCACAAUCCCAUGCUUGGUUCGAGCUGUCGCAGUGCUGUGCUGGUCCACAGCCCGAGAGGAAGAAACAACUCCACUUCGUCAGGUGAAAGCCAACGGGGCCUUGGGGACAUGUCCGAGACGGAGACGGACAUAUAAUUUAAAUUGAAAACGGAAGGAGGUUGGUUUUAUGUCUAGUCGUAACCUCCAGGGAGAGCAGGACCAAAAUAAUCAAUCGCAAUUACAGGCCAAUCUCUCUAGCCCUUCGGUGCUUCUCUUAAUUUGUUCACAAUAUUCAUAUUUUUGGUUAUUUGAUAUAAAGAUUUCGAUUUGAUUUUUAAUUUAAUUAAGGGGCUAGAAGUGUUCUGCUAAGCAGUUUUUCACACCAAGUGAGAUUACAAAGAUUUGUCAAGUAUAAAAUGGUUUUUUUAUUCAAUUUAGAAAUAAUUUGGCCUAAGUGUUUGCUCACUUUAGCAAUUGGUGCUCCAAUAUAAAAAUAGCCGUGUUGUUUUAAAUUUUAUGAUACAAAUUAAAAACACGGUUACCUCCAUAAUUCUGAAUUAGCUAAGUUUUAAUAUGAAAAUUAGCAACAAUGAUCAGGGUGAUGUUUGAUAAAUUAUUUAAGCAGAAUGAUAUAUGUCAAUAUUUGCUGCAUAAUGACGAGAUUAGCUAUAGCAUUGAAACGCUAUUCACGAAGGACAUAUA